AUGAUUUCAACAAUCGGCACAACAACAAUUCAAACAACUACAGCACCAAACUCGCUAGUUAUGAAUCCAACAUCUAUGUUAGUAGAGAUGAAAAACUUCAUUCCUUCUUCAUAUACUUUCGAAACAAAAAUCCAGAAGAUAAAGCAAGAACUUUUAACAAGUAAUUUAGACUGUAGUGCGAAAGAUGAAACAAAUGAACAGUAUCUUUAUGAAAUGCAGGACAUUAUUGACCAUUUACCCAAAUUGCCUGAAAUCCAACAACAAAAACUAACCAUUCCCGAAUUUGACGAAAUAGAAGUCAAAGCAACUGACUCAGUAGAAAUAAAGAAGUUCAUACGAAAGGUAAAUUAUGAAUUCCUUGGUUUUCAUUGCAACCAUAAGGUUAUGGACAAAGAUUGCGACAUGGUAUAUAAGAACAUCUCUGACCUUUACAAAUCCGAAGAAUUUAAGACCUACGACAACUUUGUUUCAUUAGUUGCAAAAUGUGUUUGGGAAAUAAGAGAUAAAGAUAGUAGGGGUAAGGUAUGGAACGAACAAAUAAGACCCGCUAU